AUGACCGACUUUUUGGCUCAUGUGGUGGAGCAACAAGGUCCAAACCCUAAUCCCAACCCUGGAAACCCUAGUAACCACGUGGAAAGCGAAGACAGGGCCCUCGAAAGGUUUCAGAAGUUUUCCCCACCGAAGUUUAUUGGGGGGCCCGAUCCGGAUGUAGCCGAAAGAUGGCUAGAAAAGAUGGUAGACAUCUUUGAUGCCCUACACCAUACGGAAGAGAGGCAGGUGACUUUUCCUGUCUUCCAACUGGAAGGGGCAGCCCGUUCCUGGUGGAACGUAAUAAGACAGAAAUGGGACCGAGAACAAACGCCCAGGACAUGGGUGAACUUCAUGAGGGAGUUCAACGGCAAAUUCUUUCCUCCUCUAGUUCAAGAACGGAAGGAAGACGAAUUUAUCCGGCUUCGCCAAGGGACCCAGAUUGUCGCCGAGUACGAGAGCCAAUUUACGACACUAUCCAAAUUUGCACCUGAACUCAUCAUGACCGAACAACGAAGAAUAAGGCGCUUUGUCCAGGGCCUGAACAUGGAGAUCCAGAAGGAUCUAGCUGUAGCCCAGAUUAACGCCUUCAGUGAUGCAGUGGAGAUGGCUCAACAAGUAGAGAAUGCACGGCUACAAGUAAGAAACUUCCAGGCUAAAAAGUGA